UCGUAUCGAUUCGCCCACCCUAUCUGUGGCGAGGGGAAGAGGACAGAAGAGGCAAAGUAUUUCCUUUUUCUAUUUGCAGGAAUGUUUGGUUGAAAACAAAUGGAUGACAAAGCAAAAGCAAUCACACCGAGGUGAUGCCGAUGACAAAGGACGACAUAGGCGUCCGAGGAUAACUUUGGAUUUGGGACUGUUUGUGAUAACACGGUGUCAUGACGGAACACUUUCCCACGGAAAAGCAAGAUACACCCGUCUCGGGGUUGUAAGGAAAGUACAAUUCCGGAGUUUUUCCCUUUUUGGGUGCAGCCAAAGACUGCUAGAAUGGAGUAAGAUCCAAAGGGGAAAACUGCAAUUCCACAUAGGAGCGGCAUUUUUUAUUUUAAACAGGAAACACUCCCAGAAAAGUAUAACGGACUAAAAGUUUUUGGGUGGACGCACCUACCCACAGGACUCUAGUAGCUGGAAUAACACUCAAUAAAAGAGUAAAACGGCUCAAUAAAAAUGUACUUCGGGUGAAGAGGUUGGUGAAAUCGCCAGGGAAGCCCAAUGAGUGGGACGCAGUCAACACUCACUGAUAGGACCCCAAGCAUUCUCAACAAGGAGCCGACGGAAAGGAAAGCAAAGAAUGACAAAUCCUCUGUCUUGCUCAAACAGGAGUUUGACCCCACUGGCCUUGUCCAGCGAUGUGUGAUAAUCCAGAGAGAUGAAAAUGGAUUUGGGUUGACAGUGAGUGGAGACAACCCUGUGUUUGUGCAGCUGGUCAAGGAAGAUGGAGCAGCAAUGCGAGCGGGCGUGCAGACAGGAGAUCGAAUCAUUAAGGUUAACGGGACAUUAGUCACACAAUCCAACCACAUAGAGGUCGUAAAGCUUAUAAAAUCCGGCUCCUACGUAGCCCUCACAGUGCUGGGUAGACCUCCAGGUCUUCCCCAGAUCCACCUGGAGGAGCAUGAUGACGACGACAAGGAGGCGCAUGAGGAGGAUGAGGGAAAAGAGGAGGGAGACUCCAACCACAUGAUGCAGAAGUCACCUGGUGGGGAGCGACGCUGCAGCGCCCCCUGCAGCGCCCCCUGCAGCGCCCCCUGCAGCGCCCCCUGCAGCGCUCCCUGCGGCGCCUCCUGCAGCGCCCCCUGCAGCCCUGAGGCACACCUUGCCUCCCCUCUGCCUGAUGGGGACGGAGCCACAGUGUCUCGAAUGACUGAGGCAGAGGAAGGGGAUCAUGGCGUGUCCUCACUCGGUGACGCUGCUAACGAGGGGCUUUGUACAAACAACAUACUGUUGAGCGGCGGCGGUCGAGGCCCCGUCCUCCCUGAGACAGGAGAAACGCCCCGUCAGAGCCCCAACGUCAGCCACCGAGAUGGGCUCAACUCCUGCUCGUCGCCUGAUGCCGAGGAUGCCCCCGACACGGACACCAGUGCCCAGUGCAUUGUGAGUAGCCCUCCAUACUUCCUCCACCCUCAAAUAAUCGGAGCGGAAGACGACUACUUUGACUCGCAGCAGGAGCAGAUUAACGGGCAGUGCAGCUGUUUCCAGAGCAUCGACUUGCUGAAGUGUCGACCCGCUCACCUCGCCGUCUUCCUGCAUCAUGUGGUCUCCCAGUUUGACCCCGCCCCUCUGCUGUGUUAUCUCUACGCCGACAUACACAAGCAAACAAGCUCCAAAGAAAAUCGUCGCUUCUUCAUGGAAUUCCACUCCCUCUUCAUGGAUCGCACAGCUAACCUUAAAGUCCCAGUUCCGGAUGCAGUCGCAGCAGAACUUGAGAAGCGCAGGCUGGAGUUAAUCCCAGAGGAGGUGUGCAAACAGUACACACAAACCCUGCAGGACUCGCUGCUAACAGACCUCCACAAGAACCUGGACGACUUCAGACAGAAGCGCAGCAUGGGACUGACGCUGGCUGAGGACGAGCUCUCCAAAAUAGACUCAGACAAUGGAGGAAAGGACCCGCUGGCCUGGGACAGAGAAUGCUCCUGUGCCGAACACAUUCUCUCCAAGAUUGAGGACAUCUUGUUGACGUCGCAGCCCACCGAGGAGGAGAAGUGCCAAACCAUGCAGUAUGUCAUUCUCACCUACAUGAAGCACCUCGGGGUUAAAGUGAAAGAGCCUCGUGGCUUGGAGCAGAAAAGAGCACGCAUCAAUUUCCUACCCAAGAUUAAGAAGAGCAUCAAGCCUGAGAAGGAAGGCGAGGAGAAAGUAAGGAAGCCUCGUUUUCCCAAUAUCCUUGUUCCUCCGCGCCGCCUCAGCAGAGUGGACUCCACCUCAGUCGGCAAGGCGGCGGAGGUGAACAAGCAGCGUUCGCCAAAGCUCCUCCCCCAGGCAGCCUUUGGCAUCCCUGAGCCUCCAGACUCGUCCCCUUCAAAUUCCGGACGCAUCCGUGGCAGUCAGCUCAGCGAGGGAUCCGACACCGGCAGCCACGUUUUGCCUUUGAACGCCUCUUCCACUCAUAGCUCCCCCACCGCUUUGACCUCAGACACCAGCGGACAGGACUCAGACACCAAUGUGUCUCCGUUCUCCAUCCAGCCGCGACUGGGCGAGGUUCUGGCAUCUGCCGACCACCAGGAUGGUGUCUCCAGUCCGACAAGCACUCAGUUUGACUUCAGCCCUUCCAACCUGGAACACCUACAGGAGGAAGGAGACCAGGACACUUUCAGGAUGGAGGUGCAGUGUGCGGUGAGCGCGACUGACGUCCAGAGCGAGGAUGACCAAGUGUGCGAGGCGGAGAGAGAGGAGGACCCUCCGAACUGGCAAAGCCUGGUCAGCCGAGACGUGCUGGCCGGCCUGACGCCGCAGGAGAUCAAGAGACAAGAAGUCAUCAACGAGCUCUUCUACACCGAGCGAGCCCAUCUUCGCAUGCUCAAAGUGCUGGAUGGCGUUUUCUACCAGAGGUUGAGCAGAGAUGCUGUUCUGCCUGCAGAGGAUAUCAAGAACAUCUUCACCAACCUGGAGGAGAUCAUUCAGCUGCAUGUUUCCUUAACGGAGCAAAUGACAGCGAUCAGGAAGAGGAGUGAGACGUCUGUCAUCGGUCAGAUUGGCGACGAUCUGUUGGCUUGGUUCAGUGGUGAGGAAGAGGAGAAGAUAAAAAGAGCAGUGGCCACUUUCUGCAGCAACCAGCCGUCUGCACUGGAGCUCAUCAAGACCAAGAAGAAGAAAGACCAGAGGUUUUCUUUGUUCAUGCGGGAGGCCGAGAGAAACCGCCUGUGUCGCCGGCUGCAGCUCAAGGACAUCAUCCCUGUGGAGAUGCAGCGAGCCACCAAGUACCCGCUUCUGCUGGAGAAAAUAGCCAAGUACACGGAGGACGACAAGGAGGACGCCGAGAAGGUGAAAAAAGCUGGGGAAUGCUGCAAGCAGAUCCUCAACCAUGUCAACCAAGUAGUCAAAGAGGCUGAGAACAAGCAGAGGCUGCUGGAUUAUCAGAGAAGGUUGGACAUUUCUUCUCUCAAACCCAACGAGAACCCGCUCAUCCUGGAGCUGAGGAAUCUUGACCUCACCAAGAGGACGAUGGUCCACGAAGGACCACUCUCCUGGAAAGUCAACAAAGACAAAAGAAUCGACCUCUACACGCUCCUCCUGGAGGACAUUCUGGUUCUGCUCCAGAAGCAGGACGAACGUCUGCUGCUGAAGUUCCACAGCAAGAACGUGGCCAGCGUGGCCGACACCAAACUCACCUUCAGCCCCGUCAUCAAACUCAACACCGUGCUGGUCCGGCCCGUCGCCACCAACAAAAAGUCCUUCUUCGUGCUGUCCAUGUCGGACAACGGGGCUCAGAUCUACGAGCUGACGGCUCAGAGCGUGUCCGACCAGAGAACGUGGCAGUGUUUGAUCACACAAUGCGCCGAUGCCAUGAAGGCCAAAUCGCACAGCAGCGACGCACCUCCAACUUCACCUGAGGGUGUGCAGGACGCCAUUGAGAUCAUCAGCUGUGGGAUGGAGAAGCCCAGCAAAGAUGGGAACGAACCCUCAGAGUCUUCAGACAUCCAAGCUCCUGCCACAACUCUCCGGAGUCCUUUCGAUGGCAUGAAAUCCGAGGAUGAGGAGGAAGUGGAAGUGGAGGCAGAGGAGCGGUCUGUUGUGGAAAGACAGGAGGAAGAGGAAGAAGACGUGGAAGUGGAUGAGGAGGAACUAGAGGCCUUCCUGGAUGGUCACCUGGGCGACAGGUUAUCCUUCCUGCAGGAGGGCUGUCGUCAAGGCAUUGCCGUAGAGAGCGGAGAGAGUGAGACGUUUGCACCUCCACCCUCCAAAGCUGAAGAAGCUCUGCGGACAUUGGUGAUGCUCAAGCAGCUUCUUUUCAACCACAUGACGGCCAGUGAGGCCAAAGAGGUCACAGAGGAGAAUAGUGAAGGUCCUGGUUGUCAAGUGACCUCCUCGCCUGAGACACCCAAAGGACCUUCAGCUGGGCUUGAAGAGGGCGGAGCUUGUGAAAGCUCACAAAAAGAAGACACUCAGACUGAGCACAAUGGUGGCUUUGUGGUUCUGGAUCCAGGCGGAGCCUCUGAGGACGACGACGGUGGCGGAGAUACGGGGAUCGACAUGAGCAAGUUGCUGUCCUCCUCCUCGCAGAUGGACGGCGGCGGACCCAAGCUGAGCCGCCAGCUCAUGACGCACCUGCGCCUCCUGCAGGCCGACCUGCAGUACCUCAAGGAAGUGGAGAUGAAGUUCAAGCAGCUGCAAAGGACACUGACUGACACGCCAACAGAUUCGGAUAAUGAUGGCGUUCAGUGACGACAGGCUUCCCGUCAUCAUCAUAAGGACUUGAAGGCAUCACAGAACAAACACUGGAGAUGGUGGCGUAUUCUCCCAAUCACACUGGACACAGGGCGGAGGUCACACGGAUGACCCCUUGGGACUCGAACAGAACAUGGAUGGACAACUUCUUCGUCUCGUGGUUGUUAUGAGUCUCUAAAAGCGCUACACUCUCUGCUCCUCUUGCUUCGGGUACACCACAACGACUCGCCACACUCACAGGCCGCAAGACUGCACACAUCUCAUUAAGGAAUUAAAUAUCAUUUAAAAAAAAAAUAUAUAUAUAUAUAUACAUAUAAAUAUAUAUCUAAACACAGAGGAUUGUUCAAACUCUUAAUUGUAAAUUAACAUGAUGUACAAUUCUGACUGUAUAUCAAAGGUUUAUAACUUUUUUUUAAUCCACAAAGCACAUUUAAUAAUGUUUUAACAACCAAAAAAGAAGCCAACAUAUCCCUGCAGUAUUAACCUUAGUUCUAGUUGGACUGCAAUGAUUUUAACCCUGUUAAUUAACGCUUACUGAUAUUGUGGGAAAUAUCUGUUUAGAGUUUCAUGGCGUCAUGCUAUUUAUUUCUUUUAAAGGCUCCGCCCACCGCUGUCAGAUCUGCAAUGUACAUGUACGUCUCCUGUCAAAUAAAAACAUGAGAAAAUC